GUUGGAUGGCAGGGCAGGGGUACAACAAACAAAUACCUUUUGACAAUACCGACCACCUCUCGACUCUUUUCUUGACGACGGUUUAUAGAUAAGACGAGCUACGCACGCGUCGAGAAAUUGUUGGUCUACUAAUUAAUACGCCAAAACUUGCGGCUGUGAUCAGCUUUGAGCUUGACCUACCACCAUCGAGAAGCUCCAAGUUGGGGGGACCCAUAUGGUAGCUGCAAGGAAGUUGGGACGAUUUAUGACAACAGUAACACAGACGACACUAAGGAGGCCAACUUGAAAUCUACACAACCAUGGCCGACUCUCUUCACAAUGCGCCUAUAGUCCUCGACAAUGGAUCUGGCACCAUUCGAGCCGGUUUCGCAGGCGACGAUCUACCAAAGUGUUUCUUCCCAUCUUGGGUUGGUCGACCAAAACAUUUGAGAGUGCUUGCGGGUGCCCUCGAGGGUGAGGUGUUUAUAGGACAAAAGGCGGCUUCGGAAUUGCGAGGAUUGCUCAAGAUUCGGUAUCCCCUUGAACAUGGUAUUGUCACCGAUUGGGACGACAUGGAGAGGAUUUGGGAGUAUGUUUACGGAGAGGGGUUGAAGACUCUCAGUGAAGAGCAUCCAGUACUGUUGACGGAACCGCCCCUGAACCCACGAAGCAAUCGCGACACGGCGGCCCAGAUCCUUUUUGAGACGUUCAAUGUCCCCGCACUCCACACAUCCAUUCAAGCUGUGCUAUCGCUAUACGCCAGUGGCCGAACAACCGGUAUCGUCCUCGACUCAGGUGACGGUGUUUCUCACGCCGUGCCAGUUUACGAAGGUUUCGCCAUGCCCAGCAGUAUUCGCCGAAUCGACGUAGCAGGCCGAGACGUGACCGAGUACCUGCAGACGUUGCUACGGAAAAGUGGUUACGUCUUUCACACGAGUGCCGAAAAGGAGGUGGUGAGGUUAAUCAAGGAGAGCGUUUCGUACGUUGCUCAUGACCCGCGAAAAGAAGAGAGGGAUUGGGUUGGUGUGAAGCCCAACGACAGCAAGGUUGCCGAAUACGUUCUCCCAGACGGUUAUAAGCUCAAGAUUGGCGCAGAACGUUUCCGAGCACCCGAGAUCCUCUUUGACCCUGAAAUUAUCGGUCUCGAAUACCCUGGUGUUCACCAGAUUGUCGUCGAUGCCAUCAACCGAACAGAUCUGGACCUGCGAAAAUCGCUUUACAGCAACAUUGUUCUCUCUGGAGGAAGCACGCUGACAAAGGGCUUUGGUGACCGUCUCCUGACGGAACUGCAAAAAUUGGCAGUCAAGGAUAUGAGAAUUAAGAUCUUUGCGCCACCAGAGAGAAAGUACUCGACCUGGAUCGGAGGCAGCAUUCUUGCUGGAUUGAGUACUUUCCGAAAGAUGUGGGUGAGCAUCGAUGACUGGCAUGAGAAUCCCGACAUUAUUCAUACCAAGUUCACAUAAGAUACACAUCCUUUGGUGUAACCUUUUGAACUCGCAUCAUUUUACGAUGCAACCCCUAUGAUAACAGUCUGAUGCGGUCGUGUGUAUAAUCAUUGACCUGGAUUGUUAACUUAGAUUUCUUGUCUGGACCUUUUAUGAUGGGGAUGACCGUUGUGAAUGUUUAUACUCCCACAACCAACCUACUUUGUCCCGCAGCUGUUGAUAGAGCGAUGCAUGAGCCUUUGCAUGGAAUGGAAGAUUUAGUGCUGUACAGGCGUGUAGUGACACCGGUGCAGUUUUAGACAACCUUUGCCAGAUAGAGGAAGCUUAAUGAUACCCUGAUGCGUUCAA